AUGGCGACGAGUCAAGAUAAGGCUAUAGGAAUAGACCUUGGGACAACGUACAGUUGCGUUGGGGUGUGGCAAAACGACCGUGUAGAGAUCAUUCCGAACGAUCAAGGCAACCGUACAACACCCUCUUACGUGGCUUUCACAGACACCGAGCGCCUGCUAGGAGAUGCAGCCAAGAACCAGGUGGCUAUGAACCCAGAGAACACUGUAUUCGACGCUAAACGUCUCAUCGGUCGUCGUUUCUCUGAUUCCUCGGUUCAAUCCGACAUGAAACUCUGGCCGUUUAAGGUGAUUCCCGGCCCCGGAGACAAGCCCACGAUCGUGGUGAAAUAUAAAGGGGAAGAGAAGCAGUUUUCUGCGGAGGAGAUUUCGUCUAUGGUGUUGGCCAAGAUGAAGGAAACAGCUGGGGCGUUUUUAGGUUAUACUGUGAAUAACGCGGUAGUAACGGUGCCUGCUUACUUCAAUGAUUCACAAAGGCAGGCGACGAAAGAUGCGGGCGCUAUUGCGGGGCUUAAUGUGAUGAGGAUUAUCAACGAGCCAACCGCGGCUGCUAUAGCCUACGGGCUCGACAAGAGAGCAUCAAGAACAGGGGAGCAGGAAGUUCUGAUAUUUGAUCUGGGUGGGGGAACGUUUGAUGUGUCUCUGUUAACCAUCGAAGAGGGUAUAUUCGAAGUGAAAGCUACAGCCGGCGAUACCCAUCUUGGCGGCGAGGAUUUUGACAAUCGGCUGGUGAAUCAUUUCGUGGCUGAAUUCCGGAGGAAGCGCAAGAAAGAUAUUAGCGGAAACUCGAGGGCGUUGAGGAGAUUAAGGACUGCAUGUGAGCGUGCUAAAAGGGCUUUGUCUUCUACCUCUCAAACGACGAUUGAAAUCGAUUCUUUGUACGAAGGAAUCGAUUUUUACGCCAUCAUUACACGAGCGAGGUUCGAGGAACUCAACAUGGAUUUGUUCAGAAAGUGUAUGGAGCCGGUGGAGAAGUGCAUUAGGGACGCCAAGAUUGACAAGAGCCUGGUCAAUGAGGUCGUUCUCGUUGGUGGCUCGACGAGGAUUCCCAAAAUUCAGCAGAUUUUGCAGGAUUUUUUCAACGGGAAAGAGCUCUGUAAGAGCAUAAAUCCUGACGAAGCUGUGGCAUAUGGGGCUGCCGUUCAAGCUGCGAUCCUUAGCGGAGAAGGUGACGAGAAGGUUCAGGACUUGCUUUUACUCGACGUCACGCCGCUCAGUCUCGGGCUUGAAACAGCUGGUGGCGUCAUGACAGUGUUGAUUCCUAGAAAUACCACGAUUCCCACUAAGAAAGAACAGAUCUUUUCGACUUAUUCUGAUAACCAAUCUGGUGUUUUGAUCCAGGUUUACGAAGGAGAAAGAACUCGAACCAGAGAUAACCAUCUUCUCGGAAAAUUCGAGCUCAUUGGCAUUCCUCCGGCGCCGAGAGGAGUACCUCAAAUCAACGUCUGUUUCGACAUUGAUGCAAAUGGGAUACUUAACGUUUCCGCGGAGGACAAAACUGCUGGUGUCAAGAACAAGAUUACAAUCACCAACGACAAGGGGAGAUUAAGCAAGGAGGAGAUAGAGAGAAUGGUGAAAGAUGCGGAGAAGUAUAAAGCAGAGGAUGAAGAGACCAAAAAGAAGGUGGACGCCAAGAAUGGUUUGGAGAACUAUGCGUAUAACAUGAGGAAUACUAUUAGAGAUGAGAAGAUUGCGGAUAAAUUGGGCCCUGAAAAGAAGCAGAAGAUCGAGAAGGCAGCGGAAGAGACGAUAGAGUGGCUUGACAGGAACCAGUUGGCAGAAGUUGAGGAGCUUGAAGAUAAGUUGAAGACGCUGGAAGGCGUCUGUAAUCCUUUAAUUGCUAAAAUGUAUCAGAGUGGUACUGAUGUGCCGCCUAUGGGAGGCUAUGACAUGCCUCCUGGUGGUGGCGGCGGUUCCAAUACUGGUGGUGCUGGACCGAAGAUUGAAGAGGUUGAUUGAAGCUCGAAGCAGAAAGCCCCUGAAGAAGAAGAAGAAG